AAAAUAAUAAUUUUGUAAAUUUUUUUCUCGUAAAGAAAAAUACAGACAAAUUAAAUGGGCAAAAUAGUAAUUUCACUUAGGAACUUUCAACUAUGUUCUUCACCAUUCUAGAGUCUAUAGACAAAACCAUUCUGUGUUCACCUGAUCACUCUACUAAUCUCCAGAACACUCUCUUCCCAUUCCUAUAUGUACAAAUAUAUAUAUAUACCAUUCUCAGUGAUUCAACUAAUAUCAAACCCAUAACACUCAGAAAGAUCUCAAACACACAAAGCUUCAAUCUUUGUUCUUCAAUGGAUUUCACAAACAACAACAACAUCAGAUUAAUUUCCCAACCCCUCUUCUCAAUCCUCGGAAACAUCUUAGAAUUCCCAGAAAAUUUCGACCACCACUCUUCCGCCGCCGUCACCGGACCCGGCGCCGGUGCCAGUGCCGGAAAGUUUCAAAACAACAACCCAACCAAAGCUUAUGUGAGAGAUGUCAAGGCCAUGGCGGCCACCCCGGCCGACGUGAUCGAGUACGCUGACGCCUACGCUAUUGUGGUGGACAUGCCCGGAAUUAAGCCUUCUCAGAUCAAAGUUCAGGUGGAGGACGACGGUGUUUUGGUGGUUGCCGGAGAACGGUGGAGGCCGGAGGAUGAGAAUGGUGGUGGUGGUGAUGGAGUUAAGUAUUUGAGGAUGGAAAGGAGAGUUGGGAAAUUUAUGAGGAAGUUUUGUUUGCUGGAGAAUAGCGACAAAGACCGUGUCUCUGCCGCUUAUAACGACGGAAUUUUGACUGUAACUGUUCGGAAAAUUCCGCCGCUGGUGACUAAGAGACCUAAGAUCAUUGAGGUCAAGGGUGCUUGAAAUUAUUAGUAAUAAUAAUAAUUUUUAAUAACUUUAAAUCACAAUAUUUAUCAAAUUAUUAAAAUUUUAGGCUAAUUAGUAAUUUUUCCCCUGAACUUUGACAUGUAAUAAGUUGUACUCCCUGAACUUUUUUAGCCGUUAAAAAUUCUCCCGAACUAUUGAGAUUGUUAAAUUUAAGGACUUUUGUCUAAUUUUAGUAGAAAAUUCUAACAUGGAUGAAAGUUCAAGGGGCAUGAUUUAGUACAUAUCAAAGUUUGAGGGGCAUGAUUUGGUAGAUAUCAAAGUCUAGGGAGCAUGGUUAAGUACAUAAACAAUUACUGAAACAGUAAAAUUGAAUGAAAUUAGACAAAAGUCCUUAAAUUUAACAAUCGAUCUCAAUAGUUCAAGGGGAAUUUUUAACGACCAAAAAAGUUCAGGGAGCACAAUUUACUACAUGUCAAAGUUCAGGGAGAAAAAUUACUAAUUAGCCAAAAUUUUAUAAUAAAAUUAUAGUUUGGUAUAGUAGGUAUAUAUACUAUGAAUUUUCAUAAACAAUGUGUAAUUAUUAUUUGAGUAAUUUAUUAUAUAAAUAUUUAAAUUUAGUUUUAAUUAUAAAUUAAAAUUUAAGUUUAAUUUUUUUUACAGUAAUUUUAAGUAUAAAUAUUUAAUUAUUAAAUAUCAAAUAAAUUAUCAGGUGACAAUCAUUGAUUGUUUUAUGUUAUUAAAUUUUUAUUUUUUAUUUAAAAAUUAAUUUGAAUAUACUAAUAAAAAAUAACAUAAUACUGUAAAAAAUCUAAAACCGAAGUAAAUUUAAAUAUUAAUAUUGAAAAUUAUUUUUUAUUAUUUUGAAUUUUUUUUUUAUUUUCAUUUAAGAAUAAUAAUUAAUUAUUGUUGUUGUGAUAGUUAAGAUAUAGUUAAUGAUUGUAUUUAUGUAUGUUUUACUUCUUCAUAUCAAUAUAUUUUAAAAAAUAAAUUAAGUUUAUGGCAAAUUAGUCUAAAUGUAAUAUCUUAAA